AUGCGUCUCGACAUGAAUGCGUGCAUGCCAAAUGAAGAAAAUAGAGAAAACGAAAGAAUGAAAACAAAGCUGCUGGAGCUUGCAAGAACAGACUACGAGAACUUCUUGAAAAUGGCCAACAGACUAAAAGUUCCAUACAAGAGCGUUAGAAACAGCAUAUUUAGAUACAGCUGCAUCCACUCCUACAACUACGGCGUAAUACAGAGCAAAUACAAGCUAGAAGGCGAGCUGAAUGCAUCGCUGAUUGAAAACUCAAAGGAUUUCAUUGCAAUGGAGUAUCCAACCAAGCAUGCCAUUGACUGCACAGACCAGCUAUUGCUAAAGUCCCAGUGCGGUUUAGUAAUUUCUUUAAUUGGAGACCAUCCUCCCUGGGAGCAGGAUUUUCUGCAAGUAUCAUACAGCCUAGACAAGAUCUUCUCAGCUGAAGAGUUUUUAUGCUAUGUUUCGCGCUCUGGAAAAGACACAUCAAAAAUAAAUUAUAGGGACAUGCACGAAGUAAUAGAAAAAGAGAAUAAAAACUUUGUGGUAGAGCGGUACAAAACCAAAAAGAAAGAAGAUGCAUAUAUAUUUAGAAUAAAGUGUCUGAAUUGGGUAGAUAAAGCGCCGCCAAGUUUAAAUAUGCUCAAGGCAAUUGACAUACUGUACAAAGCAUGGCUUCUAUUGAACAUCGAGUCAGGCCCGGUGAUAGUGCACUGCUUAGCAGGCGUUGGAAGAACAGGCACGUUUAUCUUCUAUAGCAUAUUUAGAGACUCGAUUGUAAACGGAAAGAUAGAAGAAAGUGCAGAAGAAAAGCUUUUCUUCUUCGUUGAUUUAUUCGUAAAGCUAAGAAACAAGAGAACAUGGAUGAUUGAAUCGAAAGAACAGCUUGAUUUUCUAUAUACGGUCUUUAUCAAAAAUAGUAUUAGUGAAAUUGUGUAA